CACUUACCACCACAGAGCAUAAGUCAGCCAAGCAGCCUGCUGAACAGUUUGUCUCCUCACACACAUUUGAAUUUUGUAAGAGUUAGCAGUCGGCUUUUUCUUUUUAAAAUGGAAAGGAGUUUUGAUAAACUGGAUGCAGCUGGUUUCCUGGAAAUCUGGCAGCACUUUGAUGCAGAUGAUAACGGCUACAUCGAAGGCAAAGAACUGGAUGACUUUUUUCUUCAUAUGAUGAAAAGACUCGGUCCGCAGGAAAAAGCCACAGAGGAGAGAGUGCAAAGACUGAAGCAGAGGUUUAUGUCCGCCUAUGAUGUCACUGCUGAUGGAAAACUACAAAUUCAAGAGCUGGCCAAUAUGAUCCUCCCAGAAGAUGAAAACUUCCUGUUAGUUUUCCGCAGAGAAGCUCCUCUGGACAACAGCGUGGAUUUCAUGAAGAUCUGGAGGAAGUAUGAUGCCGACUGUAGUGGAUACAUAUCAGCUCAGGAGCUGAGGGCCUUUCUGAAGGAUUUGUUCCAGCAGCAAAAGAGGGAGGUGGCCUCUGAUAAGCUGGUGGAGUACACCGACACCAUGAUGAAAAUAUUUGACAAAAACAAGGACGGCCGCUUGGAUUUAAACGAUUUAGCCAGGAUCUUAGCUCUGGAGGAGAAUUUCCUGCUCCAGUUCCAGAUGGAUGCUUGCAGCAAAGAAGACAGAAAAAGAGACUUUGAGAAGAUCUUUGAUCAUUAUGAUGUUAGUAAAACAGGAGCUCUGGAGGGUGCAGAGGUGGACGGCUUUGUCAAGGAUAUGAUGGGGCUGGUCAGGCCCAACAUAACCGGUCCUGACCUGGACAAGCUGCGUGCCGUUCUACUGCGUCACUGUGAUGUCAACAAGGACGGCAAGAUCCAGAAAAAUGAGCUAGCUCUGUGUCUUGGUGUCAAGAUAAAACAUUAGUUUCUGUUGCGAUUGUGGUAUCAAUACUGUGUGUUGUGUAAUCAGAAAUUCAAGAAUGUUUUCAUCCAGAUUAGCGUGAACUCCGCACAUUUUAGGUAAAUAUAAGGUGUUCCUUUACGUUUGUGACAGGUCUACAUGCAUGUUGAAAUAAACAACAUAACCGCUCCUUUCAGAUGAAAGAGCCUGACGUGGGCCAGUAGUGAUGAUGCAAGUUUCUGUGCUGUGAUUUGUGGUCGUGUUGUUGACAUGUUGGUCAUUUAAAGCAGAAAAUUUGGCUUUUUUUUGGUGUGUGUGUGUGUGUGUGUGUGUGUGUGUGUGUGUGUGUGUGUGUGUGUGUGUGUGUGUGUGUGUGUGUAAAAUCUAAUGGUAAAAAGGCUAAUGCAUGAAUGUUCACAUUUAUAAUAUGUUGUAGGAACAGGUUGUUAAAAUAAAAGUUGCAUCAAAUAAACA